AUGUUUCGGGGAAUGUAUAAAUCAACAUUGCCACCAGUGGAUCCAAAUUCAUUAAGUGCUCAUCCAAAUUUAGCAGAUCAAUUAUCAGAUAAAGACUACUAUAGUGUAGAAUGGAAUCAAUAUUUCGAUAAAUGUAGAGAUAUUAAAUUACCAAAUACUGAAAAUACCUUUAGAAUUUAUGAAUGUAAUGACCAUGUAGAUGAUGGAAACUUAUUUGUAUUUUUACAUGGAGGUGGCUACACCUCUUUAUCUUGGAGUUUAGUUGUUGAUAAAAUUAGAAAGCAGUUUGAUAAUGUUAGAUUAAUGUGCUAUGAUUGCAGAGGACAUGGGGAAACUAAAACAAGCAACGAUUUAGAUUUAUCAAUAGGAACACUAGUGGAUGAUUGUUCAUCAUUAAUAAACCACUACCAAGAGGAAAUUGCAUUAAAAUCAAACGAUCCAGAAAAGAACUUAAAGGUUAUUAUUGUAGGUCAUUCAAUGGGUGGCGCUGUAGCAAUUAAAACAUCUUCAUCAGAAAAGGUUAAAAAUUUAAUGGGAUUGGUAGUUAUCGAUGUAGUUGAAGGCACCGCUUUACAAGCUUUAUCAUCAAUGAGAUCAAUUUUAGCAAAAAGACCAAAGCAUUUCGAAUCUGUUAAAGAUGCUAUUAAAUGGUCUAUUUCAACAGGCACAAUAAAAAAUAUUGAAUCUGCAAGAGUUAGCGUACCCUCUCAAAUUAAACUAAGCAAAGAAGAUAACAAAUAUCAUUGGAUUGCACAAUUAGAAAAAACUGAUAUAUAUUGGAAUGAUUGGUUUUUAGGUUUAUCUAAAGAAUUUUUAUCUAACAAAGUGAUCAAACUAUUGAUUUUAGCUGGCACAGAUAGAUUAGACAGAGAAUUAACAAUUGCCCAAAUGCAAGGAAAGUUUCAAUUGAUACUAUUACCAUUAUGUGGCCAUGUUAUUCAAGAAGAUAAUCUGCCCGGAAUAAAUAUUAGAGUUUGA